AUGGCGCACAAUUACAUCCUCCAGGUCACUACGGGAACGGAGUAUGACAUUACCAAACAUCAAAUCGUUCCAGUAAAUUCCCCGAAGACGACUAGGAUAGAAAGUGAGGAUGUUACUGUGGAAUUAAACGUUAGGAUACAGAACUACCGCGGACUUCCCAGAGAGUCUCCCUCGACCUCUCCAUAUUUCGACCUCCCACCCCACAACACAGCAAAAGAUCAAUACUCAAUUGCUUUCAAAUUUACGCCGAAAUCCACUAUAAAUGGCAACGACUUAGUAUUUGGCAACGACUUCGAUCACCCAAUCCGCGAUCGGCUGCCACCAGGAUUCAGUACAGCGUUCAAAAUUGUGAAGUGGGCUGUUGAUCCAGGACUUGACGGGGAUGUCUAUGCUGAUAAGCCGUAUUUGUAUGGUCCUGCUGCAUCUUCAGUAAAUAUUUUGAGUGUGGGCGACAGAGAAAAGGUCAAAGACGACGAUGAAGAGGAUGAUGACGACGGGGAAGAGGUAGAAGACGUUGGACUGAUUUUUGAAGAAGGCGGUGAUGCCGAUGGCAUAGCAGCCAGGAAAGAGAUUGGUGUUCCAGAUGCAAUUGCCGCGAGAAAGAAGUUUUUCUUGAAUGAGGAAAACAGGAAAACCUGGAGUUUUAAGGAAGGGGUAGCAUACGGCUGUGACUUUUAUAAUCCUUAUUUGGAUUUCAAUGACUUCGCCCUUCGACUGCCCGGCUUCACAAUGCCCAUCAUGAAAUACUGGGACGGACAAGGCCUUCGAUAUGUGCUCAAGAACCGCGCCACGGACAAAGUCUUAUUCGUCGUCCUCUUCACGCUAUAUCUGAAAGAAGACGUAAACGAGGAUGGAACCUUGAAAGAGGGUGUGGAGGGAGGAAAACCUCUAGAUUUGCUUAGCGAGGAUGAUAAAAAGAGAUAUGAAGCUGCUAAGAAUGGAGAGACUCCUGCUCCUGCAGCGUCGAAUGCCAAGGCCGAGGGUAAAGAGAACGAGAAGACGAGCUAUACUAAUGACGAUGAUGUAGAUUGA